GCUGUCCAACUCUAUGAUUCUAAAUCAAAGUUAAUGUUUUGGAUCCGGUGACCCUUCCUCAGAACUCAAGGGACGAGCAAGGACCAUUAAUAGAGUUCCUUGUAGUCACGGGGCGUGACAUUUUACGGUAAAGUGACCCGUUGUUGUCUCUUUCGUUUAUAUGCACUGGAAUUAGUAAAACAAACCUGCUUCCAAUUGGGCUAGCAGUAAAUAUAUCCUUUCUCUCUCCCCAACCCCCCAAUCCAUUUUCUCGUGCAGGACUUGCUUGCGGUGAUCCGUUUACAAUCCUUGAAAAUGUGUUGUUUUCUGUUACCAGGAGCUGCUUCCGGCGGUGCCGCCGCCAUAUUCCCGAGGCUGCUCUUGGACGGACUGAGUCGAUGUCGGUGAGGCCGUCCGAGUGUCCGGGCAACACCGCUUCACCGUUUAACUGGACAGAAACUAACUGGUGGGGCGAGCCAAGAACAAAAUGAUCCAUAGCCUGUUUCUCAUCAACAGCACCGGCGAUAUCUUUCUGGAGAAACACUGGAAGAGUGUGGUGAGCCGGUCGGUCUGUGACUAUUUCUUCGAGGCCCAGGAGAAAGCCGGGGAGGCGGAUAAUGUGCCCCCGGUUAUCCCCACACCCCACCACUACUUGGUCAGCACCUACAGAGACAAGAUCUUCUUUGUUGCUGUCAUUCAGUCCGAAGUGCCUCCUCUAUUUGUAAUUGAGUUUCUCCAUCGAGUGGCAGAAACUUUGCAGGACUAUUUUGGAGAAUGCUCUGAGGCUUCAAUUAAGGAUAAUGUUGUUAUCGUGUAUGAACUUCUGGAAGAAAUGUUGGAUAAUGGUUUUCCAUUGGCUACUGAAUCCAAUAUCUUAAAAGAAUUAAUUAAACCUCCUACAAUUCUUCGUUCUGUUGUUAACACUAUUACGGGUAGCAGUAACGUAGGAGAUCAACUUCCAACGGGCCAAUUGUCCAAUAUCCCAUGGCGAAGAGCAGGAGUCAAAUAUACAAAUAAUGAAGCUUAUUUUGAUGUUACGGAGGAAAUUGAUGCCAUCAUUGACAAAUCAGGAUCAACGGUCUUUGCUGAAAUCCAGGGUGUUAUCGAUGCUUGCAUCAAGCUAACUGGAAUGCCAGACCUCACCCUUUCCUUUAUGAAUCCAAGGCUGCUAGAUGAUGUCAGCUUCCAUCCAUGUGUACGCUUUAAAAGAUGGGAAUCUGAGCGAGUUCUGUCAUUCAUUCCUCCAGAUGGAAAUUUCCGUUUGAUGUCUUACCAUGUCAGCUCUCAAAACUUGGUGGCAAUACCGGUUUAUGUAAAACACAACAUCAGCUUCAAAGAAAAUGGAUCUACAGGAAGAUUUGAUGUAACGGUUGGGCCAAAACAGACCAUGGGAAAGACAUUGGAGAAUGUUCUAAUGAUUAUUCAUAUGCCUAAAGGAGUGCUUAAUAUGACCCUGACUGCAGCACAGGGCAUUUACACAUUUGAUCCAGUUACCAAGGUAUUAAAUUGGGAUAUUGGAAAAAUUGCUUUGCCCAAGUUACCAACUUUAAAGGGAUUGGUUAACCUACAAUCUGGGGCACCCAAACCAGAAGAGAAUCCAACAAUUAACAUUCAGUUUCGAAUCCAACAACUUGCUGUAUCAGGCUUGAAAGUGAAUCGACUGGACAUGUAUGGAGAAAGAUACAAACCAUUCAAAGGUGUAAAAUAUGUCACCAAAGCAGGAAAAUUUCAAGUCAGGACAUGAGCGCAAGAAAACAAUUUGAAGCUUGGAUAAUUGCCAUGUCAUCUGGAACUCAACAUUUCUGAAACUGACUUAAUUGAUAAAGAAAAAGGGAAAACAUGUAAUAUUUGUGGGUUAACUGCCUUAAUUACAAAGUGAUAUUUUAACAGGUGUAUAAAAACUGGCUACCAGUACUGAAUGGGAAUUGUUUUCUAAAAAUGCAUUGAAUUGUUUUUCAUAAAUAAGCACAUUUUAUAUGGUAGUUUAUUAAAAACUAGUCACUGAAUUAUGUAUAGUACAGCAUGGUAGGAAUUACAAAUUAGCAUUACCUAUCCCCAGAAACCUAUUAAUACAUACAUUACUGCUUUAAAUAAUGGAUAUAGUCAAAGUAUGCAGAAUGGAACAGGUUAGUGUGCCAAUGCAGCUCAAUAGAAGUGCUUAGUAUAUUAUCCACUGUUUGUGCCUGAUAACACUUACUAAUUACCAACACUUGAAUUAGAUUACUUUGAGUUUGAAAGGUUGCCUUUGGUACUGAAUGUUCACUGUAAUGCUUAGAAAUAAGUUUAAUACAUUUAUACUUGUGUCCAGUACAAUUCAAUUGUCUCAAUAAAUAUUUGUUCCAGU